UUCCUAUCUCUAUAAUCCCGCGGUCGGCUUUUCCUUCCGGUUUGAUGCCGGAAGUGGUUCCUCUGCCUUUUUCGCUCGUGGCGCCGUUGCUGUUCCCGGUGGCGUCUCUUCACCGCAGCCAUGAAACCUAUAUUGUUGCAAGGCCAUGAGAGAUCAAUUACUCAGAUCAAAUAUAACAGGGAAGGAGACUUGUUAUUCACAGUAGCCAAAGAUCCGAUUGUUAAUGUUUGGUACUCUGUCAACGGGGAGAGACUCGGCACAUACAGUGGACAUACUGGCGCAGUCUGGUGUGUGGAUGCUGACUGGGACACGAGGCAUGUGCUGACAGGCUCUGCAGACAACAGCUGCCGGCUCUGGGACUGUGAGACAGGGAAGCAGCUUGCUCUGGUCAAGACCAACUCAGCCGUGCGUACCUGCGGCUUCGACUUUGGAGGGAACAUCAUCAUGUUUUCCACAGACAAACAAAUGGGCUACCAGUGUUUUGUGAGCUUCUUUGACCUCCGUGACUCCAGCCAGAUUGAGGACAACGAGCCAUACAUGAAGAUCCCCUGUAGUGAUUCCAAAAUCACCAGCGCAGUUUGGGGUCCCCUUGGGGAAUACAUCAUUGCGGGACAUGAGAAUGGGGAGUUGAACCAGUUCAGUGCAAAGUCAGGAGAGGUCCUCAUGAACGUCAAGGAGCACACCAAACAGAUCAAUGACAUUCAGACCUCUCGAGACAUGACCAUGUUCAUCACUGCCUCCAAGGAUAACACUGCCAAGCUGUUUGACUGCACGACGCUUGACCACCUGAAGACGUUCCGGACAGAGCGACCAGUGAACUCCGCAGCCCUCUCCCCCAUCUUUGAUCAUGUGGUGUUGGGUGGUGGACAGGAGGCCAUGGAUGUGACGACCACUUCCACCAGGAUUGGCAAGUUUGAGGCCAGGUUCUUCCACCUGGGCGUUGAGGAAGAGUUUGGGAGAGUCAAGGGCCACUUUGGCCCUAUUAACAGUGUCGCUUUCCACCCUGAUGGAAAGAGUUACAGCAGCGGUGGAGAGGACGGCUAUGUUCGCAUCCAUUAUUUUGAUCCCCAGUACUUUGAAUUUGAGUUUGAAGUUUGAACCAGCCCCAUCCUUCUCCCCUUUCUACAGUUGCCUUCUGGAUCUCUGUCUGUUUCUAAGGAGGUUUAGUGGAGAUGCACAGACUGAAGCAGAGAACAGUGCACUAUAACUGCUGCUGUGUUCUGGGGAAACACGAGAAUGUCCAGCUUCUUGUCUGUUCUUGGGAACAGCUGCUUCCUGCCAUGCUUGGCAUAUUUAUAAAAGUUAUACAGAAGGAAAUAAUAAAUCCCCACUCUUGUUUCCAGCUACA